UUGAAAAUAAAUGUCGACCGUGAUGACUGUUUGAAGGCUCCUUUUUCGAGUUUUGUCACUCUAUGCGCGAUCGGGCCCUUCGAAGAAGAAUGCUGAGGCGUGUGCUUUGCAGUUAGUUGCAUCGCAAUAUCAAAUAAGAAUUACAGCCGCGGUGCUUAGCCUGGAAAAAGAGCUGUAGCCGGUUGCCGGUCAGUGUUUAACCAGGAAAGGCGAUACGAUGCAACUGAAGUGACGCAGUGCUAUUGUAUCAAGGUGUGAGUAUAACCCAGCUUCGUAACGGCGGCAAAGAAAGGAGAAAUGUGCGGCGGUAAAGAAGAGCACUUCGCCUUCGGCCCAUGGAAAGUGACGGGCCGAUCUAGCCACAUCCUCCAGUCACAGUGCCCAACGCCAAGCGUGUGCAAAAGUGCCCCAUCUGAUGGGACCGGUGAAAACAGGCAAAUCUGCCUUUUUUGCAGAUUUGUUGAUGAACUGAAGCUGCCAAGCCACCCGGACAUGACCUUCGCCAGCAACAUUCUCCGGUUAGAGCACACGGAUGGGUUCGGGAUAGAGUUCACCUGCAUCGACGCACUGCGCUGUCUCAGCAGCGAAAACUACAUCCCCAAAGUGGCCGCAGCACAAGCAUGGCGGGAAGCAAGGCCACUUGCCGACUAUUCCAAAGAGGACGAAGACCAUUUUGAUUGGACUUUCACCACCGACUACAAGGGGACACUCUUUGGCAACGACAAAACUAUUGUGGUGAAGGAGACAGAGGAGCGCAUUGACUUGGAGAAGCUGAAGAAGCGAGAGCAGAUCCUUUUUUACCAGGACGUUUGUCUGUACGAAGAUGAACUAGCCGAUCAUGGAGUUGCACAGUGCUCCGUUAAGCUGCGCAUCAUGAAAAACAGCUUCUUUGUGCUGCUGCGAUACUUCCUGCGGGUCGACAACGUUCUCAUACGCAUGAACGACACACGUUUCUACCACGAGGCAGGCUGGAAUUACAUACUACGGGAGUAUACCAGUCGGGAAUGCGAGGCAUCACAACUUGAUGUACCGGUAGCAGUGCUCACCGAUCCCGCUGCCCUGUGCGAGCAUAUUCCAGUACGCAAGACACUGAUGGAACGUCUGCAGCUUCCUUGCUGAAACCAGAGAAGAAAAAAAGACUGGUUUUUGCAUUGUUGAGUGGUGCUCACUGUCCCAAUGCUUCUGACCACUGAAUUUUCACUUGCUCUAUGAGCGGGUUUCAUUUUGCAUAAAAGUGUUCCUUCGUGGAGUAUCCUCCCUUGUAAGGAAGACUAGACUCUACUUGCGCUGUACUGCCCUGCGCGUACCAAAGAGUUCUGUAUCGAACUGUGGUACUGUUAGCCCAUUUAUGCCAGAAAAAUUGCCUCAAUCAAGCCCUCUUCAUGAUGCCUGACAUAUGCAAAAGUAAAACAUAAGAGUUAAACAAAAUUUCAUGACAAAACAAGUGAUGUAGACAAUGAACUGCUGCACACCAUUUUAUGAUACACAAAACAUUACCACUACUUUUAGUUUCAUUAUAAGAGACAGAAUGAAGAUUUCAAACUGUCUUUCAUCAUGGUAAAUGAAAUUCUGAACUAUGCAGCUGACCUUGUAAAAUUCUGCAACUAUACUUCUGAAGGCUCAUAUGAUAUUACUAGUGCUUCACAUGAUACAUUUCGACAACUUGUUCCUGUGCAUCGCAGAACUAUUCAGAAUGUUUGAGUUUGUGUCUUUAUCUACCACAAAUUAACACUUGUGUUUGACCUAUGAAAAAAAGGGUACACAGUAAGCAACUGUGCUGCUUUUUCUGAAACUAAAUAUGGAAUAUAAAAUCUUUCAUAUAUAUCUUGUUUUAAACAAGGAGACUGGAGGCAGUACACUACAAGCAAAAACAAAGCAAGGUUUUGUGGGCUGAUGACUACUAUUAUCUUUUUCUUCCUUUCACAAUGCUACAAGUGCAUCGUUGGCCACAUUGCUCAGGUGGAUACUAUGCGUACGUGUGAGCAAAAUCUUACAAACAGUAUUUCACACAUCUCCUACUGGAGGUUGUGUGCAGCAGUUGUUUUCAUCUACGUGACAACAGACACACAACUUACGCAAAGACAGCAUCUAAGCAACGGGAAAUGCCAUUCCCAAACGCGUCCUCCAGGCGUUGUAAGCUCCCAGGAUGUCUCCCGUGGAUAGCAGCCGCUCAACUUCUCGACACGCCGCCUCAACUCUCUCCCCGACUUUCACGUCCGGCAUGGCUUUCGUGUCAUCGUAGUCUUUCGCCAUGUCCUGGGUGCGAAAGAAAUGAGCAGCACCGCUUUGUAGUGUGAAAGAUCCUGUUUCAAUAAACAACGUGAUCUCAAACUUGCUCCAAAAUCUGUAAUGUGCUAUAACACUGAAAUGAAAACAAGGCUGCUUUUAGUUCUCAGCUUUGCAUCAUCCUGC